AUGCUCCUCUACCAACCAUUAUUGGCUUGUUUGUGUGUAGCUUUCCUGCUGGUUGACGGAUUUUCUUUACCCAACCUUUUGGAGUUAAUAUCAACAAGGACGACGAAUCAGAGAGGGAAUAACCCAGGCCCUCUGCCUUAUUUUUUGGAUGAAAAAUACCCUGAAGUGAUCAGAACUGAGGACCCUUGGAUCGAUGCCAUUGGCUGGUUGGUCAAAUCCAUGCCACCAACCACACAUGAGCCUGACACUCCCGUGGCCAUGAAUCAGACCACCACCGAUACCUGGCCCACAGAUUCAACUCAUAUCCUAAACAAUGAAACCAUGGGGAAAGAGGAGACACACAAGACAACAGUUAAGGGUACCACGAGUAAACCUCAAAUAGUGACCAAAAUGGAGACCGUAAACACAAUUGCCAUCUCAAGCCAGGGUAGCUGGCUCACCUCGAAGGUGCCACAAGAGACUACAGCCUCAAACGACAUGGAGACGGAGGAGGGGGAUGAGAACCUCUCUUCAACAUCUACAGCACUUGACUCUUCGUUAGACGACUAUGAUUCUACUGAACUAUUCGAAAGCAUAUCCACUAUUUUUGACAACUUGUGA